UUGUCAGAUCGGCGAUUUAGUAAAAAGCCGCAAACAUGGGUCGUAUGCACGCUCCUGGUAAGGGUAUCUCCCAGUCGGCGCUGCCUUACCGCCGCAGUGUCCCUACCUGGUUGAAAUUGACUGCCGACGAUGUAAAGGAACAAAUUUACAAACUUGGAAAGAAGGGUCUCACUCCCUCACAAAUUGGUGUAAUGCUGAGGGAUUCACAUGGAGUUGCCCAAGUAAGAUUCGUAACUGGCAAAAAGAUCCUCCGUAUCAUGAAGGCAAUGGGUCUAGCUCCUGACUUACCGGAGGAUCUUUACUACCUGAUCAAGAAAGCUGUUGCAAUGAGAAAGCACUUGGAACGCAACAGGAAAGACAAAGACAGCAAAUUCAGGCUUAUUUUAGUAGAGUCCAGGAUUCACAGACUGGCCCGUUAUUACAAAACUAAGAGUGUGCUUCCUCCUAACUGGAAAUAUGAGUCUAGCACUGCUUCAGCUCUUGUGGCUUAAGUUUUAAUAAAUAAUUUAAAAAA